AUGGCUAAAAUCUCCUUUCGGACCGCAAACCCCUCCCGCCACAUCAACAAGAUAUCCGGAUCUAGAUUACUUGGAGGAGCUUCAAGAAGGGGAGUUGCCUCUGUAGCUUCAGCAAUCCAGGAAUACCCUCGUCACCUCCUCCGUGAUGGCCCUCUCGAAACUCCAGUCCAACCCAGAAGAGAAGCCCUCAGAGCCCUCAGAGCCCUCAGAGCCGCCAAACCCUUCUCUGCCUUCCUCACCGACACCUUUCAGCGUCAACACGACUACUUGCGGAUUUCCAUAACAGAAAAAUGCAACCUCCGCUGUCUGUACUGUAUGCCCGAGGAAGGUGUACCUCAAUCACCUCCCCAGCAUCUUCUGACGACCCCCGAGAUCUUCCUUUUGUCCUCGACCUUCGUCUCCCAAGGCGUCACCAAGAUCCGCUUGACAGGCGGCGAGCCCACAGUCCGGCGAGACAUCCUCCCACUUAUGCAUCGAAUCGGCUCUCUACGAUCCCAAGGACUCAGAGAGCUCUGUCUGACAACCAAUGGCAUUUCCCUUCACCGAAAGCUUGACAGCAUGGUCGAAGCAGGCCUCACCGGCGUCAAUCUCUCCCUCGACACUCUCGACCCCUGGCAGUUCCAAAUAAUGACCCGCCGCAAAGGCUUCGAAGCUGUCAUGAAAAGCAUCUCCCGCAUCCUUGAACUGAAUAAGGUCGGCGCUGGCAUCAAGCUCAAGGUCAAUUGCGUCGUGAUGCGCGGCAUGAAUGAGCGCGAGAUCAUCCCUUUCGUCGAGCUCGGCCGGGAACAAGACAUUGAAGUCCGCUUCAUAGAGUACAUGCCGUUUGACGGGAACAAAUGGAGUAAGGGUAAGAUGCUGAGUUACAAGGAGAUGCUGGAUAUGAUACGCGAGAAGUAUCCCGCGCUGCGAAAGGUGCAGGAUCACAAGAAUGAUACAAGUAAGACGUAUGAGAUUCCGGGAUUCGUGGGCAGGAUGGGCUUCAUUACGAGUAUGACGCAUAACUUUUGCGGGAGCUGCAAUAGGCUGCGAAUUACCAGUGACGGGAACCUCAAAGUUUGUCUCUUUGGAAAUGCGGAAGUCUCGCUACGGGAUAUACUUCGAAAAUCAAAUAAUGGCAACCCUAUCGAUGAAUCGGCGUUGGAGGCGAUGAAGCAAAUCGAGAUGGACAGACAGCAAGGGCUCUCUACGGUAAUAGACCCACUGGGAGGCACGGAACACGAGAGAGAACUGCUGGAUGUGAUUGGACUUGCGGUGAAGGGCAAGAAGGAGAAGCAUGCUGGCAUGGGCGAGCUGGAGAAUAUGAAGAACAGGCCGAUGAUCUUGAUAGGUGACUCGAAUCCAACACAUGCUUCAAGACAAUCUUCACACGCAUCUGUGAAGACCAGCAACCCUACUCGAAGCUGUGCUUCACCGUGGUCACGGAUUCCAACACAUCUUUUCUCUCCCGCCCAAUUAACGAGCCAGCCUCGCUUCUCCUCCACAUUCACCAAAGCCCCUUUUACUUCUCCUACCGCUCCACCAACUCGGGAUCCCCCCAAACUCACGCACCUCACCCCCUCCGGCACCGCCUACAUGGUCCCUAUCUCUCACAAGUCGUCAACAACCCGUCUCGCGACCGCCGCUUGCACGCUCCACUUCUCGAACUCCGUUGCCAUACCGCUCAUUCUUGCCAACAAGAUGAAGAAGGGCGACGUGCUCUCUGUAGCUAGGAUAGCGGGGAUCAUGGCCGCCAAGAGGACGAGCGAGCUUGUACCGCUGUGUCAUCCGAUUGCGAUUACGCAUGUUGGUGUCGAGCUGGAGGUUUUUAAGGAAGAGAAUGUUGAGAAAGGGGAGGAGGAUGUGGGCGUAAUAGAGAAGGAGAAGCAAGAGAGGAGUAGCGUUCCCUGGCAAGGAACUGGCCAAGGUGACGCCUACCCGUUCCACACUCCGCCCUCUUCCUCCACACCCACCUCUCCCUCCACCUCAACUUCACCCACCCGAUCCUGUUCCAAUCCCCCUUCUUCUCCAUCUUCCAAUCAACGCCGAGAGACCGAUGUGGCGUUUGGGAGAGUUGAAAUCACCGCCACGGUCCAAUGCGAUGGCAAGACGGGCGUGGAGAUGGAAGCGCUGACUGCGGCUAGCGUGGCGGCGCUGACGGUGUACGAUAUGUGUAAGGCCGUUGAUAAAGGGAUGCGCGUUGAAGGGUUGAGGGUUGUGAGAAAGGAAGGUGGCAAGAGCGGUGUUUGGAUUGAGGGACAGGAGCGGAGUGUGAGCAGUUCCAACGCUGAGUCUGGAUGA